UUGGGUGGCAAUAAUUAUUACUCAAGUCAGAUUUCCGUCCGUCCGAAAAACGUCAGUUCAAUUGAACUGGUAAUGGAAUUUCACUGUAGUAGCAACGGUGGCCAUUCUUCGACGAAGCUCUCCGUCUGUUCCUCUUCUUCAUCGUGGUCGUUCUCCGCAUCGGAGUUCGAUCAGCCUUUUACAGAGCAACAACUCCAGGAAAUCGAGGCCAUUGAAGCUGCAUAUCAAUCCACCAGCGCCAAAAAACGACGACCAAAUUCCACACCCGACGAAAAUGAGGUCUCGUGCGUUUCUCCCGACACCGGUCGUCGAUUGCCUCGUUCCAUUUUGUCUCACCAGUCUCCACAUUCUUCUCCCCUAUCCCCCUGUCGAGUAAACUCGAAGAUGAGAUUUCCUGCAUUGAAUUUUGGUGGCCGAAUUAUUUACAGUCGAACUUGGAGUGAGGUCGAUAGAGCGUCCAGGGAGCUAGCAAAGAAAAUCAACUCCAUGAGGAAAGGAAUGGAUCAAAUUACUAUUGGGUUCGACAUCGAGUGGAAACCCACAUUUAGAAGAGGUGUUCCACCCGGAAAGGCAGCAGUUAUGCAACUGUGCUUGGACAAUUCUCAAUGCCAUGUAAUGCAUAUCAUUCAUUCAGGAAUACCUCAAAGUUUGCAGGCUCUUCUAGAGGAUGACACACUCACCAAGGCUGGAGUUGGCAUUGUCAAUGAUGCUACAAAAGUUCUUAAAGAUUAUAACGUGUCUAUCAAAGCAGUGGACGAGAUUUCAGAUAUAGCUAAUCAAAAGCUCGCUGGAUUUCCCCGAAAAUGGAGCCUUGGGUCUCUAACUGAGACGCUUAUAUCAAAAGAGCUUCAAAAGCCCAACAAAAUCAGACUUGGGAACUGGGAGGUGGCUGUAUUAUCAACGGAGCAGCUGCAGUAUGCUGCCACAGACGCAUUUGCUUCUUGGUAUUUACAUGAGAUCUUAAAAGGAUUUCCACAUGCUCAAAAGGUAGCAGAUCCAGAGCCAAUAGUGUGAUGCUGUUGCUGCCACAAUAACAUCCAAUGCUCACCUUGAGCUUGAAGUUUGUGAUACGCAGCUAAGUUAUCCAAUUGUUCUAAUUAAUCUUAUUUGUUGAAAUUGUUUCUCAUCUUAAGAAACUAAAAUGGUCUAAUUAAUCUUAAGUUGCCAUGCUAUUUCAGUCGCAUUGUGUAAUAUUAUUUUUAGGUUAAAAUACAAGUUUACUCCAUCAACUUUCAUGUUUAUAUCUAUUUAAUCCAUGAACUCUAAUAAAA